ACUCGACGAAAAUUUGGUUGCCGAGCGUGUGUGCGCUGCCCUGUCCGUGUACACUUUAUUUUCAAUUGGUGAAAAUUGUUAUAAAACUAGCGAGGAAAUAUGUGAAAAUAAGAAAAAGCCCAAUCUCGACACUCGAACUGUGCGUGCACAAUCGAAUUGGCGACCUCCUGCUCGCGAAAACCAGAUAAAAAGCAUAAAAAUAACAAAGGCGUUAGCAAGCGAACGACGGGCGAACGAAGGCAAAUAGACGCUUUAACCAAUCGUUCCCAUACAGUUGUGUAUAUUUAGUCAUUGCACCUGAUUAACUUGACGCAAGUAAAUGGAAGUAUAAACUCAAAAACGGCCAACGCAGAGCAAAAGUACAGUGAAAAUUGGUCGAUUGUCGGCGCACGAAGACGAAUACGAACAAAAGGAAGAAGAAGCGAACGAAACAAACGAGAAAGAGAAACGAAACGAACGGCGAUUUUGCAUUCGUGUGUGUGUUUGUGUGUGCUCGAGUGCGCGCGCGUGUGUAUGUGUGAGGGUGGAAUAUAAACAAAAAAUAAUUAACAAUACGAAUAUCAAGAACGAUUGCUCUACUUGGCGCAAAGUAAAAUGUCACAUUUGCCACUGGAUGCACGGGCCAUUCUCCAGUAUCUAAAUGAUUUGGGCUAUAGGAACAUAUCAGCCGAGCAACUCCGUGAAUUUCUAAAAGCUAAUUUGCGCCAGAAGGUAUGCAACCGCAGUCGGACAAACAAAGCGCCAGCAGACUCGCAACAACAACUAGCCACUCAACAGCAGCAGCUUCCGCAACAGCAGCAACUCCUCCUAAAGUAAAGGUUAUUAAGAGCAAACGCCCUCUGUGCCACUUUAAGUUCUACCUGGACAUUUGCGAUCAUCAGUUAGCAAAGCGCAUUGAGUCCGACAUCAAGGCUUUGGGUGGACAUCUCGAGUUCUUUCUCAGUGACGAUAUUACACACUUUGUCACUGAUAAGCCAGAGAUCAUCAGCGGAACUCCCGGAACACCAGGUACACCCAGCACACCCACCAAUCACUACCAACAAGAUGAUGGUUCGGCAAGAAAACCGAAUCAGCGGCAAUCAAGAGCGGAUGCAAUACUAAGUCGUGUGCGGAGGAGCACGGUUGGGGUGACAAACAGUGGCAAUAGCACACCCACGACAUCCCUAAAACGGAGCUAUACCAUCUGGCAGACGGAUUACGCCCAACGCUUUAUAAAGCGCAUUCAGACCGAGCUUAAGCAAUACCUUGAGGGUAAGAAGGAAGGUGGAGGAGCAUCAGCAUCAGCUAGCCCCCAUCACAUACAACUGAAAAAGCAGUAUGUGAAGAUCGAAUCCGUCAAGCGUAAUUAUAGACCUUACUACCAUCUUAUCAAGCAGCCAGACGACUGGCCAAAGAUAGAUUUAAGCAGCGAAGACGGCGCCUUUCGACUACUAACAAAGUCGAAGACCAAGGAUAAGGAGCAGAGCAUGACCCGCAAGUCUUUGGGUUCACGCACAUCACAGAAAGACAAACCAGCAGCUGGGGAAGAAAAGCCACUCCAGCAUCCUUCUCUGCAGGAACUUAAAAAACAGUCUGCAAUCCCGAAUAGUCCGCGUUCCAAUUGUCGCGAACCAAUAGAUUCGAGUGAAAAACAAGGUGGAGUUUGUGAGAUCUGUAAAUUGGAGUACGAUAUCCUGAAUAUUCAUUUGCAAAGCAAAGAUCACGAGCUCUUUGCAAAGAAUUCGGAUAAUUUCCUGACUCUAGACACUCUAAUUCGAAGUUCAGCGGAUGUGAAUAGGUUCCUGGAGGAGGAGCCCGCCGAGAGUGAACUUGACAUGGAUGUCGACGAAUCGUUGAGUAAUGAGGAGUUGCAGAGUCCCCGUCAGAGGCCAUCGCCAGCGUUGCGCGAGAAGUCCAAGAGGAUAACCAAGGGAAAGCAUUCGUCGGAAAAGUUUCAAGGAGUAGCAGUGACGUCACCUCAAACGCCUUUCCCUGGUGGCAAGAAGGUCCAAGGAAAUCUGCCUGGUAGUCUUUCUGAGCUUCAGCGUCAGGAACAUCCAACAACAGCUGCAGCAACGCCGACAACGAAUUCAGGGCGAAGAAAAACACAGAACUCCAGUCUGUCACCUCCUAAGAGAGCCAUGUUGCCGCCUUCUUCUAUUUAUAAGGUUGUAGAAACCAGGGAGGAAUGUGCUACGCCUCCCAGAGGCCGAGGAAGACCUCCCAACCAAGUGGAUUCGCCCUCACUGAUUGUAAAGUUCCAAAAGAUCCGACAAACAGAGUUACAACGACUUAAUGGAGAGGCAGAGAACUUUAUGUUUCCCAGGACAGCGGUACCUACCACAAGGAGCAGCAGUGAGUUGCCCACGGAUAUCGAUCGACAAACCACCUCGGAUGUAAGAGGCAGAUACAGUAUAUCCUCCGCCAGUCUCGACACCAGCACCAGCGAAGCAGAAACUAAGGAAUCUUCAGGACUACCUACUUCUAGCAUACGCAAGCGAGCUCAAGCAGUGGGAAGGCGAAGAAAAGUAGGAGGAGCAGCGGCGCAGGAGGUUUUCCAGCGCCAAUUAUCAACAGGGAGCAGUAGCAGCAAUAGCAACCAGCAGCGCUUUCCAAGCGCCCCCAUCCAGCCAGAAGAAGGGCCUCAACCGCAGCCACAGCCGCAGCUAAAGAUUAAGAUAAAGCAGGAGCAAUUGGUGGCCACCAGGAAGAGCAGUCGCACAGCCACGGCUAUUGUGACAGCAGCCACCGCCAGCAGUCAUCAACAGCAGCAGCUAAGGCAGACAACUUGCCGCAAAAUGGCCAAUAAACUGGAGGAUAGGAUGGGGGAUCUAGAAAAGCCCAAAAUAAAAAUAAAGAAGGAAGCUGUCGAAGUGAAGGAGUUGGAAGAUCUGGAAGACAUAUUGGAUAAAGAAUUAGAUGAGGAGAUGGACAGUAGUUGCAGUAGUGGCAGCGAUGAAGACUACAUUGCUGGUACCCAACGUAGAAUCACGGCAGCUCCUAGGAAAUCAACGGAUACUCGCGAACAAAGAGCAGCUAGGCGGCUUUCCAGGUUAACCAUAAACCGUAGUGCCGGAGAGCUGGAGUUAACCGAGGUCAAAACCUCUCCGUCAAAAAGUCGCGCAAAGAGCCAGAAACCGUCAAGUCCCACGAAAAAUAAAGUCAAACAGCAGAAGGCAGUGCCACCAGCGAUAGAUUUAUUCUUUGAUUGCAGUAAAAGCGAAAGACUUCAGGAAAUGCAGUAUACCUUCGAAUCGUUGCCAAGUGGAGAGCUUUGGAAUAGAGUUUUUCUGCGACAGGAUGCGGGUGAAGAGAACUAUUACACGUAUUACGGUAGCACUAACUACAGGAAACUGCCCUAUGAAAUGGGUCCCAUACCCAUGGCCAAAACAUUGCCAGCACACAGUUGUGCUUUAUGUCGCGCGGCCAGCGAGGUGAAGCAGGAUAAGGAAGAACAGAUCAAGCAGGAAGAUCAGAAGCCCACACCCAAGAAGGAAGUUAAGAAGGAGGAGGAAGUCCAGUCCUCUUCCUCCUCCGCGACCUACAAGAACAAAAAGCUCCACCUUCUCCAGCGUUACCAGCAGGAACAGGAGCAACUGCAGCAGCUGGAGGGAAGUUCCCUUACCACUGCCACAGCCAAAUGUGAUAGCAAGGCGAGCACCCCAGAAUUGCUGGAAAGGGAGUUUGCCUCGGGUUCCCUGGGGGAUAGAGUGCAGCUGAUAGAGAGAGUCAGGAGCACAUCCAGUUCAAGCUGCAGCAACAGUCAACGAAGCGGCAUAACCUGCAGGAAUAAGCAGCUGGCACGGAUUGCCGAAUUACCACCACGAAAAUCCCCUAGAGAACAUGCCUCCACUUUGGCUUUGGUCAGUUGCAUUAUACGGCAGCGUCAGGACUCACAAAGUAAAACGAACUCAGAAGCAGAAGAGCCACCCCCUCCUGUAGCUGCACCAAAGCUUAAAACUCCUAUAAAACAGGAGCCAGUAGUACCUUCAUCUCCCCGAACUACUCGUUCUCAAGCUGCCACUCCUGUCGAGGAACUUCGAUUUGCCACCGAGAUUAGCGAGACGGUAAAGAGAAUAAGGCGGGGACAAAACAAAUAUGAUCAUUCCCCGCCAGCGCCAGUUCCUACGCCCGCAACUUCUUCGCCCGUCAGAAGUCGCCGCCUGACACCUGCGGCUCGAAGUGCGGGUCAGAUGUAUUCGCGCCGCUUGGAAUUCUCAACCAGUCAAAGGCAAUCCUCAGCGAGUGCGCUCUUGGGCAAGCGCAACAGAAGAGUGAAUCCUCCGGUAGCAGGCACAGUGCGACCGACUGCCCAACAUCUUUCCGGGACAAGUGCGUUUCGCGGAGUCCGCAAAUUGCCCAGCAAGAAGGGCUUGCUCGAAUACGAAAUGGAACCGUGUGCCCUUAAAGCUUUGGAUCAAGCCCGUCAGUAUAGCAAUCCUGGUUUCGUUGCCUGGCAGUUAGACAAAUAUCUGGAGCUAGCUGGCAAAGAGUACGAUAUGGAGGAAGACGAUAUGUCAGCGGAGGUGGACACAGAAGAAAGAGAACAAAGGCUUGUUAACACCCCACAAACUCCACCACCUACUGAUUGCUUUACGAGCGAGUUUGACCUGUGUGAUUUAAUUCUGGGAAGUGCAGGGAGUGCAGACGAAGAUGAAGAUGUUUCCAGAGGAAACCCACCUGGUCCCGGUCGACGGAUAAAUAAUCUCAAUCUAUAUGCCAGCUAUUAUAGGAAAAAGAAGAGCCUAAAGUCCAAUCGCACGGGCUGGCCAAAAGCUCAGAGAAGACGGAAUGCAGGCGGAUUAGGUGGCAGUCGAUCGGUGCCAGAUGAGCGAAUUAAUUUCCAGAAAAUGGGUCUUGCUGAGCUUCACCCUAUAAAGCAAGAGCCUAUGGAGACGGAAGAGGAGCAGACCACAACCACCACAACAACUAUGACUUCUGGGACGAGAGGAAAUCUGCUUAGCAAAGACGAUGAAGAUGAUGAAGGAGGCGGAAAUUCGCCCUCUGGCGGAUCACCUGCCGAUGAUAAACAGAAUUCCCGGGAAGAUGCCGUGAUGACUCCGCCAGCGACCGAUGUUGAUGAACAGGCUGAACCGCAGGCGGACGAAAUGGAAAGUUUGCCCGACGAAGAUGAAACCAUGGCGGAUUCUGUGGAUCAGCAGCAGGAUGUUGAGGCGGAAAUCGAAGCAACCGAUGCGGAUGUCGAGGAAGAAGAAGAGGAGGAGGAGGACGAAGAUGUUUUCGAAGAUGCCUACGAAGAGCAGGAGAUCGGCAUGCAGAAAACGGAGCCUCCUGAGAAAAGAGCUCGAAUACCUUCCAUAUCUGUAACCACGCCCCCCGAAGCCUCUGCACAAAGCAAAAAACUCUUGCUUACCCUGCAUAAUGGUCAGCGACUUCAGGCCACCUCCACACCGAGUACCGGACAAGUUCAACAGCAGCAGAGAAGAACUCCCCAGCUAAACGGAAGUCUAGGCAGCUGCAUUUCGCCAAGUGAGAAACUGGGUGACAAUUCCGACAUAUUCACGGUAUCCUCUGACGGCCUGGAUACCGAUUUGGAUUUAAGCAACACCCAGGCAGGCGAUUCGCACGAGCAUUGCCCACACCAGACGACGCCGAAGCGGAAGUUUGACAUCUCCAAGUAUGCGCCACCGAAUAAUGGAAAGGCGGCGAGCAGUUGUGCCGCCGAAGCAGCGACGGCCGCCGUGAAGUCAUUGGCCAUCUCGCAGUUCCUGAAGAAGGAGACUUGCGCAAGCUCAUCAAGCAUGAGGAACGCCUGGCGGAGAACGCAAAGGAGAGCGAUUUCAGCGGCCUGCAUAAACGCGGCACCGUCAGCUCGCGUGCCAAACUGAGUGUGGAAAAGGAUAAGGAGAAUGCGGCUCCAUCGUGUCCGUGUCCAUCUGCCAAGGAGAAGGAGUGCAAGACUGACCAGGACGAUCCUAGGGAGCGGUCCGGUGGUGGGACCAGCUUUGCGGACUUAGCUCGCC